CACCAACAUAUGUCAGUCAUUUCUAGUACCACUAGUGCACGACUCAUCCUACACCGCUCAAAAUUAAUCAUCACAAAUUAGAUGCAAUAGCAACUAAGAUAUUUGAAAAAUGGAAAAAUCAAUGGACGAAUCUUCACCUCAUGUGCUAAUCUUUCCUUGUCCAGCACAAGGCCAUGUAAACUCAAUGCUAAAACUAGCUGAACUUCUUGCAAUUCAAAAUCUCCACAUAACUUUCCUCAACACACAAUACAUCCACAACAGACUCAUUCAAUUCAAUGAUGAUAUUCAAGCUCUUUUAGAAUGUUAUCCUAAGCUUCAAUUCAAGACUAUUCCUGAUUUUCUUGAUGAGGAGAAUCAUCCUGGAUUUGGAGUAAAGAUUGGAGAUGCAAUUGUGUCAUUGAGUUUGUAUAGUAAACCUUUUUUGAGAGAGAUUAUUGUUUCUGAGAAAAUAAGUUGUAUUGUUUUGGAUGGAAUUUUUGGUGACCUUGCUACUGAUUUGGCUCAUGAGUUUGGGAUACAAUUGAUUCAUUUUCGUACUAUUAGUCCUUGUUGCUUUUGGGCUUAUUUAUGUGUUCCUAAGCUCUUGGAGUGUAAUGAAUUACCAAUUAGAGGAGAAGAGGACAUGGAUCGUAUCAUAAGAAACAUGCCCGGCAUGGAAAACUUGCUUCGGUGUAGAGAUCUUCCAAGUUUCUGUCGACAAAACAAUGAAGAUCAUAUCCUUUUAGACGAGGUUGUUCUUCGAACCAAACAAUCACUUAAUGCAAACGCGCUUAUACUCAACACAUUUGAGGAUCUAGACUCUCCAAUCCUCUCCCAAAUCCGUCUUCACUUCCCUAAACUCUACACUCUUGGCCCUCUUCACCACCACCUCAAUACCACCAAAAAAACAUCAUCAGCAUCAUCCUUCAAAAGCAAUUUUUUCAAAGUGGAUAAAGAAUGCAUGGUAUGGCUUGAUUCUCAAGAAUUAAAAUCAGUUAUAUAUGUUAGCUUUGGUAGCACCACACCAAUGAAGAAAGAAGAACUCAUUGAGAUUUGGCAUGGUUUAUUGAAUAGUAAAAAACAAUUUUUGUGGGUGAUUAGGCCAAACAUGGUACAAGAAAAAGGACUAUUAAAUGAGCUUAAGGAAGGGACAAAUAAGGAAAAGGGUUUGAUUGUUGAGUGGGUCUCACAAGAGGAAGUAUUGUCUCAUAAGGCAAUUGGUGCUUUUUUGACACAUAGUGGAUGGAAUUCUACUUUGGAAAGUGUGGUUUGUGGUGUACCUAUGAUUUGUUGGCCUUAUUUUGCUGAUCAACAAAUUAAUAGUAGGUUUGUGAGUGAGGUUUGGAAAAUUGGGUUGGAUAUGAAAGAUGUUUGUGAUAGAAAGGUUGUGGAGAAUAUGGUGAAUGAUGUUAUGGUGAAUAGAAAGGAAGAGUUUUUAAGAUCGGCUAUGGAAAUGUCUGAGUUGGCUUGUAAGAGUGUGAGUCCGGGUGGUUCUUCCUAUAAUAGCUUCUAUGAGUUGAUUCAGUUUAUAAGGUCUACAAGCACAUAAAUUGGUGACCCUUACAAUGAUACAUGAACGGGCUCCUCCCACCCUAGUCGACGGACACUUGUUCCGUGUUGAGAAGAAGCGAGGCGCGAAGCUAUCCGGGGGUUCUCGUUACCUACUCAUCUUCAGUUAGAGUUUAAAGAUCAGUUAAGAGUAGUAGUUUAAGAGUCUGGUUUACUCUUUAUUGUUCUCUGAAAUUUAUUAAGGGUAGUAAUUUAAGAGUCUCAUUUACUCUUUAUUGCUUGUAAACUUUUUAUUCAAGAAUACAAUUUAAUUUGAUUUAAAAACAAUAGCAGUGUUCCAUUUCAAAGUCUGUUGUUUUAAAAAUCACACCAAAUUUUUUAUACUUCUAUAUUUUGACCACCCUGAAAUUUAUAUUUUGCACCUCUACUCUAGGCGCAUUUGCUUAGACACCCAGUGUACAUAAAGCGAUACCCCUUUAUAAAC